AUGGUGCUUGGGGAAGCCUCCCCCCCUCGGCAGUGCAGCGGCGGCGGCUGGACACUUUGCGAUUGCUGUUGCUGGCUGCUGCUGCCGGUGAUGUUACUCAUCAUAGCCCGACCAGUGAAACUUGCCGCUUUCCCUACCUCCUUAAGUGACUGCCAAACGCCUACCGGCUGGAAUUGCUCUGGUUAUGAUGACAGAGAAAAUGAUCUCUUUCUUUGUGAUACCAAUACCUGUAAAUUUGAUGGGGAGUGUUUAAGAAUUGGAGACAGCGUGACUUGCGUCUGUCAGUUCAAGUGUAACAGCGACUAUGUGCCGGUGUGUGGCUCCAAUGGCGAUACCUAUCAGAACGAAUGCUACUUGAGACAGGCUGCCUGCAAGCAGCAGAGUGAAAUACUUGUGAUGUCGGAAGGAUCAUGUGCAACUGAUGCAGGCUCAGGAUCUGGGGAUGGAGUCAAUGAAGGCUCAGGAGAAACCAAUCAAAAAGAGACGUCCACUUGUGACAUUUGCCAGUUUGGGGCAGAGUGUGAUGAAGAUGCAGAGGAUGUUUGGUGUGUGUGCAACAUCGACUGUUCUCAGACCAACUUCAAUCCUCUUUGUGCUUCCGAUGGGAAAUCUUAUGAUAAUGCAUGUCAAAUCAAAGAAGCAUCGUGCCAGAAACAGGAGAAAAUUGAAGUCAUGUCUUUGGGUCGAUGUCAAGACAACACAACUACUACCACAAAGUCUGAAGAUGGACAUUAUGCAAGAACGGAUUAUGCAGAGAAUGCAAAUAAACUGGAAGAAAGUGCCAGAGGGAUCUAUAUUCCUUGUCCAGAUCACUACAAUGGCUUCUGCAUGCAUGGGAAGUGCGAGCACCCUACUAAUAUGUUGGAACCAUCUUGCAGGUGUGAUGCAGGCUACACUGGACAACACUGUGAAAAAAAGGACUACAGCGUUUUAUAUGUGGUUCCCGGGCCAGUACGAUUUCAGUAUGUCUUAAUAGCAGCUGUGAUUGGAACCAUCCAGAUUGCUAUCAUCUGUGUUGUAGUCCUCUGCAUUACAAGAAAAUGUCCCAGGAGCAACAGAAUCCACAGACAGAAGCAAAACACAGGGCACUACAGUUCAGACAACACAACAAGAGCAUCGACCAGGUUAAUUUAA